UCACGAUUAACUCCAGCGACCACACGACGACACCCCACCCCCGACUCACUGCUCCUCCUCCGAAUACAGUCGUCUCUCGGAAAAGUCGCAACCAUGUCUGACGGCGAAGUUGAAGUGGAGAGCCCCUCCGGCUACGCGGUGCUCCCCAAGGAUGUUUCAGAGGAGAUUGGCAGCAUCAAGCUGUUCAACAAGUGGAGCUAUGAGGAUGUGGAAAUCAGGGAUAUCUCUCUCACCGACUACAUCCAAAUCAGAUCCCCAGUCUACAUCUCACACUCUGCUGGCCGCUAUGCGGUAAAGCGGUUCAGGAAAGCUCAGUGCCCCAUCAUUGAGCGUCUCACCAACUCGCUCAUGAUGAACGGUCGUAACAACGGCAAGAAGCUCAUGGCUGUGCGCAUUGUUGCCCACUCUUUCGAGAUCAUCCACAUCAUGACGGACCAAAACCCCAUCCAAGUCGCCGUCGACGCCAUCGUCAACUGCGGACCUCGUGAAGACAGCACACGUAUUGGAUCUGCUGGUACCGUCCGUCGUCAAGCCGUCGAUGUCUCCCCUCUCCGCCGCGUCAACCAAGCCAUCGCCCUACUCACCAUCGGCGCCCGCGAGGCCUCCUUCCGAAAUGUUAAGAGCAUCGCUGAGUGCCUAGCCGAAGAGCUCAUCAACGCUGCUAAGGGAAGCAGCAACUCGUACGCUAUCAAGAAGAAGGACGAGCUGGAGCGUGUAGCAAAGAGCAAUCGGUAGAGUGGUGCUGGAGUGGUGAUAGGUGGAUUUGGUGGAGAUGAGAGAUGCGAAGGCGAUGGCGCUAGCGACAUGCUAUCAUGUGCGUGCAAUAUGCAGGCGUGGAGUUCAUGUGGCGAGUCUUUCCGGACGCAUGGGGGACCCGGACGUGUAAGGUCCUCUAGGCGAAUAACCACCUCUUUCAUGGUUACAUGACAAUAAAAUGGACACAUUUG